AUGUCAGCUCGUGAAGGCGGUGGUGGAUGGCAAGCUCUCGAAUCAAACCCCGAAACAAUCAAUCCAUUUCUCAAGAAAAUUGGAAUCGGAGGAGUUGAAUGUGUUGAUGUAUUUUCAUUCGACGAUGAAAUGCUUGAAUUCAUCCCAAAACCUCAACUUGCAAUGAUUCUUUGUUUUCCAAGUAGCGAAGCUCGUGAAUUUCUUCAAACUCAAUACGAUGAAGUUGAGAAAAACGGGCAAAAACCUGCAGAUGUUUUCUUUAUGAAUCAAAGUGCUGACAUUGGAAAUGCUUGCGGAACAUUUGCUUUAUUCCAUUCGUUAGCAAAUCUCGAAAAUCGAAUCAAUAUCGGCGAUGGAAAAUUCAAAAAUUGGUUUGAAAAAGCAAAAUUGGUAGGAGAAGAUGAACGAUCUGAUUUGUUAUCCGAAGAUACUGAAUUGGCUGAAGCACACGAAGAAACUGCUGAAGAAGGAGAAACUGAACAACCAGAUAAUGUUGAAUAUCAUUUUAUCACCUAUGUGAAUAAAGAUGGAAAAUUAUAUGAAAUUGGUGAGUUAUUUUUUAUUUAAAAAAAAACUCCCCCAAAGUUUUCAAAACAUUUUCUAGUAGUUCAAAAAUAUUUUUCUCUCACUUUUUUGAAUUUUGUGAAAAAUAAAUAUAUUCUCCAUGUCAGAUUCAUGUGCUCCAUUCCCACGUCCACUCGGAAACACAACUGAUGAAACUUUGGUCAAAGAUGCUUCAGUUGCUGUGAAACAACUUAUGGAUAAUGUUCAACAACUUAGCUUUUCGGCAAUGGCUCUUGUUGGAAAACAAGAAUAA